CAUCCAUUCCGUACUGACGAAACGAUCGCCUAAGUCAACGAUCACGGAAACAGCAGUUGACAAAACCUUCUGUGUGAUAUUAUACGGUAGUCGAAAAGUUUUCGUUGAUCGUAUUUGAAGGAAGAUUUUAUGUGUUCUCCUUCGAAAGUUAGUGAUAAUCAGUCAUUGUGUUAAUAGAUCUUGUUCCAGUAAAAAAGCCAAGCGUCAGUUCACAAUGAGCUUCCUAUUUUUUACAUUAUCCGACUGUAAAUUCAACGUUUCUGGAUUUCUUAAGUGGAAGCCGGUCAUCGAAAACCUUUAAGCCAAAGAAGAAUAUCCCUGAAGGAACUCAUCAAUAUGAUUUGAUGAAACAUGCAGCAGCUACUCUUGGUUCUGGAAAUCUAAGAUUAGCAGUUAUGCUUCCAGAAGGAGAAGAUUUAAACGAAUGGGUCGCUGUCAAUACUGUUGAUUUUUUUAAUCAAAUCAACAUGUUAUAUGGCACUAUCACAGAAUUUUGUACAGAGGAAAGUUGUCCGAUAAUGUCAGCAGGUCCAAAAUAUGAAUAUCACUGGGCAGAUGGUCAUACCGUAAAAAAGCCAAUAAAAUGUUCAGCUCCAAAAUACAUUGAUUAUUUAAUGACAUGGGUACAAGAUCAAUUGGACGACGAAACAUUGUUUCCUUCCAAAAUCGGCGUACCAUUCCCAAAGAAUUUCUUAUCAAUUGCAAAAACAAUAUUGAAGCGAUUAUUUAGAGUAUAUGCACAUAUUUAUCAUCAACACUUCAGCGAAGUUGUACAGCUUGGCGAAGAAGCGCAUUUAAAUACGUCUUUUAAACACUUCAUAUUUUUUGUUCAGGAAUUCAAUUUAAUUGAACGAAGAGAAUUAGCACCAUUACAAGAAUUGAUAGAGAAGUUAACUGCCAAGGAUGCACGAUGAAUUAUUCAUGUGAUUGUAUACCCAGAAACUCCUCCAAAGAAUCUCACCCACAUGGUAUUUGCUAACAAAUGUGUAAUUGCAUAUAAUAUUAUGGAAUUAAUUACAUUUUGGAUAUAAUAGGAUUUUUCUUAUAAAGUGUGGGUCAAUGGUUGAAAGGAGGUAUUUAUUUGACAUUGGAACAAGCUAAUACCGAUUUUCGCAGUUUUUAUUUUAAAUGAAAAAAAGAAAAUGAAAAAAAAAAAAAAAAAAAAAAGAAAGCUUAGAAUUUAUGUUGAAUAGACUAUUGACACACACACAUAUGUUUCGUAAAUGAAUUAACCAUUUUCGUUUGUACAUACACUCUUAGGAAUGAGGGUCGUAUUAAUAGGAAUUAUCAAAUUUCAAGAUAAAUUUUAUUUCGUGUAUCUAGGAGUUAUCCUUUCAAUUUUCCUUUAUGUAAUUAUUAAAUCAGGUUGUAAUAUGCGUGUAAUUUUAGAGAUACGGAGAAUUGAAAAAAAUUGCCUUUAUUAGACAAUAAGUGUUUCAAUCGUGUUGUAGGUACCAUAUAAGUAGAUUUUUUACUAUAAAAACCAUACCCCGGUAAAAAGUUAAAAGACAAUUAUUUAUUGACCCUCUUCCUAGAGUAUAUGAUAUAAAAUAAGAAUGAAAAUAUUUAAAUUAAUCUUUGUGGUAUAUUCGACUGUAAUCCAUAUGCAUAUAAUAAUGGCAAUGACUACAAAGGGUGAGAAUUAUCAAUGUAGACUUUUGUACAAUAUUUACACAUCUAACACACAGCAUAGUAAACGAUUUAUGUUAUAUUUAGUAGCGACACAUUCUAAUCAGUUAAUACGGUUUGUUGUGAAUUAUAAUUUAUUAUAUCUAACGAGCUUUGUACUUCAAGUUUUCAACUUGUAAUUGAAAAAAGAUCAUCUUAUAAAAGAUUAUCUUACAUAUAUAUAUAUAUAUAUAUAUAUAUAUAUAUAUAUAUAUAUAUAUAUAUAUUCUGUGUAGAAUAUUGUAUAUGCUGAAGGUUGGAAUUAUGAUGUUAAGUGAUUUAAUAUUUAAACAUAUCUAAUUGUGAUCCAUAUUAUUUUGUUAUAAAAUAUAAUUACACACGAUCGGAUGCAAAAGUAAGAUAAUUUGCUAUUUGGGCAAACUGCAUAUAGAUAGAGAAAAAAAAAAAGAAAGAAAAAAGAAAAGAAAAAUGAGAAAAUGAUGUUGAAAUAGCAUUUAAUCAUUGUAAUUUCGUAUAAUUGCUUUUAUACUUAUAUUACAUUGAAAAAGAAACGUUGUCACUUUUUUAUCAUAGUUUUUAUAUUAUAAUCACGUGUAAUGUUUUUGUCGUCGAAACAUUACAUAUUGUUGGUAUAUAUAUGAAGGUACUAAGUUAACACAUAUACUUAUAUUAUUAUCACAUUAUUUUAAUAUAUCGAAACAUUUAGACGAUCUUCAUGUGUUAAUUGCUUAUAUAAUAUUACAUGUAGAAAUAAGCUUUAUUUUCUUUUUAUGCAUCCUAUUUUAUAUUUGUCAUAUGUUCAAAUGCAUAUUGUUAUUUAUGCAUGAGGUCAAGAAAAAAAAAAAUAUGUAUUUGUUAUAAUGAUUUGAAAAGAGCAAUCACAUUUCUGAUAUCAUUAAAUUUAUAUUUUCGUAUAUUACAUAUAUAAAUUGGCUUUUUAUAAAAGCAAAUAAAAAAAAUCAUGAAAAUCGGUAGAAAAAUAUAAUCAAGAAAUCUAUAUAUAUAUAUAUAUAAUUUUAUUAUUUGCUCGCUUAACUAUUAGCAAUUUUAUUUUUUAUAUUCACAUUAAGUUCGUCUAUUAUGAAGACAUCUGUUCGUAAAUAUACGUACAUCGCUAGUAAUACAUGUGAUAUCUUCCGAUUUAAUCGAAAGGUUCAAUACAAUCUUAUCGAGGUCCACGAGUAUAAUAAAUGUAUUUUAUUAUAACGAUGAUAUAUACGAUAAAUAGCUUUGAUAGAUUGAAUAGCGAAUGAUUUAGGAAAAUAAUGGAAAAAUGAAGAGAAGGAAAAAACGAGAUAUAUUUGCAAGGCAUUAAAUGUAAACGUAUCUAGAUGAUUUACAAUAAUUGAUUAUAUUCUAUAACAAUGACUGUCUUCUAUCCAGUACUUAAGAAUACAAAUAAAAACAGAAUACAGAAUACGUGUCUUUUGUAAAGAGACAUCAUAUACAUAUAUAUAUUUGUAUUAAAUUAGUAAUAAUAUAGAAAGCGAUGUUGCCUA